AAAACGUUGAUGAACGUCAAAGUGCAAACAACAUUAAGAAGAACUUUUGUUUCGUUUGUAUUAAUUGUGCCAAAAAGGGUUUUAUUUAUUCAUCAACGAUAAAAAUGUCUUUGUUUCCAGCAUAUUCAAAUAUAGCCAGUACCUCACAAAUUGAUGAAAUACCAACAACCUCAACGCAAAAAGAGAAAAAACAAGAUUGGCUGGCAAAUUCAAGUUUUCAAGCGAUAUCAAAUGAAGGACGAAUCGACGUUGCUGAUGUUGAGCUAAUUGAGUCGAGCGAAGAUGAACCAUCGCAACCAAAACCAAAAAAACAUUCGAAAAAGAAAAAGAAAAAAGAUCAUAAACAUCACAAAGAGAAACGAGCGAAAAUUGACACCACUGCCGCCAUCGUAACCGAAAAAAUUGAACCAAAGCUGGAAUUUACAGGCAAAGAAGAUUAUUAUGUAGAUAAAAAACCGUGUAAUAACUACUAUUCAAUGGAUACAUUGAAGAAAGGCGAUGCAGCCCGUUAUCGAAUACAUUUUCAUCAUGUUGGCACAUUAACAUCGGAACAAUGGCGAAUAUUACACCGACGAUCCAAAGACAAGGCCAAACGAUAUUUUACAAAAUACAAAUUAUCGUCGUCAACCGAAAAAACCAAAGAAGAUGGUCCACCGGUGACUGUCGAUGAUGAAAAGGUUACUACCAAGACACAUCGACUAACUGAGGAGGAAUUUACAGCGAACACCAAAGUUCUCAACAAGAAUUUAUUAGCAAAUUCCACCGACAUUGAUUUGUGGUUGGAAUUUAUUCGUUUUCAAGAACAUUUCUAUAUGAAAAUGUCCAAAGUGCAAUUGGCCGAACGAAAAAUGGAACUUUUGAAUAAAGCGCUACGGGAUAAUCCGAGUAACGAACGACUUUAUCGCGAAUAUAUCGACAUUCUUGAACAAGCAUAUCCAUCAUUUGAAGUGAGCAAAUUUUUGGACGCUCUCAUACAAAAAGAUCCAGCCAAUUAUACUCUAUGGAAUGCUCAAAUAAUGUCAACGCAAGGCUCGAUGGCACGUUGCCGUGUGCCCGACGUAAUGGCAUUGUAUGAAAAAUGUAUGAAAAAUAUGUACAAACGAAACCGAUGCAACGAAGUAACACUUAGACUUUUCAAUAGCUGCGCAUUAUUUCUGCGUCAAUCGGGAUUGAGUGAGCAAUUUUUUGCCCUUUUAACAUUGGCCCUCGAGUUGAAUGUGAGCGAAAAUAAAUUUUCAAAAGUUCAAUCGAAAGAAUCGGAUCAAAAUUCAUUGAUCGAAUAUGAAGAGAUUGUGUUGAAAUCCGGUUUGCCAAUGAAUGAAAUAUGGUUGCGAGUUGAAAAAUUGCGACAAAAUUAUUAUUUUUUGCCAUGUCCAAUGGAUCGAUCGUGUAGUGAUCCGCAACGUGUUGUACUAAAUGAAGACAUUUACCACUAUAUAUAUCCAUUGUCGAAUCGAGAGUAUGCAUUCAAUUUGGUGAUAAUAGUUUUGAGGCUGCUGAAAAUUCCAUUGUUCGACAAUUGUCGAUUGAAAGCGAGCAUAUUCAAUUCGUAUGAUGUUGUCAACAAUUGUGAUAAUCUCUGUGAUUUUGAUUGUAUUGAAGAAAUCACGCCAAUCUUUUUGCAUCGAACCAUAUUGCAUUCAAAUAAAACAUUCGACGAUAUUAUAUGGUGUACGAUUCGUGAUUUCAGCAUUGGACCGUCGUUCAUAACAACACACAUUGGACAUGAAUUGUACAUUAAAUAUUUGGGAGAAAUACUGCUAUUGUGCGCUGAAUGUUAUACAAAUCGAACGGAUCAAUCGAAUAAACGAAAUAUUUUCGUAUUGCUAUUGUUACGAUUGGAACGAAUUGUGAUGGCAUUCGAUGUCUAUAUGAAUAAAUGGAACGAAGAUAAAACGAAACGACUUCGAACGAAAAUCAAAAAUUUAUUAAAACGCGACGAGAACCGAAAUUGUUUGGUAUUUUAUGUUGAAUUUGCACAAAUUGAAUACGACUUAAAGCGAAUCGAACAAGCUGAACAUAUUUACAUAGCGGCAAUAAGUCAAAGUAAUCCGGCCGUCGAUGAUGAUUGUACACGAUCCGAAUACUGGUAUGUAUGCAUAUCACUGAUUGAAAUGCUGAUUCGUGAACAACAAAUGAAUAAGGCAUUGAAUUUACUCAAUGCAAUUGCACUGGACAAGAAGAUCGAUGCAAAUGAUUAUGAAAAUUGUGAAAUUAGCGAAGCAUCCAAUUUGCUGGCAUCAAAAAAAUUGGACGAUCGCCUAAAAAACAUGUGCUUCAUCGAACGAAAUGUAACCAUUAUGGAUAUUACACAGAGCUUUCAACCCGACUACCUGAUUUGUGUAAUAAAAUCGAAUAUUUAUCAUAAAAUAUUGUGGCGUAAAUCAAAAGUGGAUGCUGUUAAACAAAUCGAAGUAUUGCUUAAAUCAUUCCCCGAGAAAAAUGCACGACACGAAUUUAUUCGCGAACAAUUGUACGAAAUGUACGCUGAUUUAUUGCUGUACAAAUUGGCAAAAUGUUCAAGUUCAGUUACGCUUACCGCUGAAAAUGAAAUAUUCACCAUGAUAAGCCGGGGAAUUGAAGAGUUUCCAACAAAUAUGCAUCUACUCAAAUGUGCUGCCAUGUGUCAUAAUCAACCGUGGCAUCGCAUACGCGCCCUCUUAGUUAAACACCAUUCACCAAUUGCCAUUAUGUUUCUAGUGAUUGCUGCUCAAUUUCGAUACAAAAAAUAUGCAGUAACACAAUUUGAUCAGAACCAAAGAUUACAGCCCAUCGAUUUGGAGUAUUUGAAUGUUUUAUCAGCCGAUGUCAAAGACAUUGAAAACGCAUACAAAACACGUAUCACCAAUUUGCUGAAAAAAUUCACCGAUCACGAGGCACCCACUCGUAAAAAUUCAUUACUAUGGCGUCUCUAUUUACGGAGUUUGCUCGAUGUUUCCAAUGAUUUUGAUAAAUGUCGAAACAUUCUAUUGACUGCACUCAACGAAUGUCCAUGGAAUAAGGCUCUUUAUUUGGAUGGAACGGUGUAUGUGCCACAAGAGUUAGCCCAUCUCCAAGAUUUAAUAAUUGAAAAACAACUUCGAAUUUAUGCGAUGCCAGAGGAGUUGGAAAUUUUGCGGAAUUUCGAUGAAGUUCAAUAAAUGUUAUCCCAAAUGUUUAAUUCAAUUUAAUUCAAAUCAAAAUCUUGUAUUUACAAUUACAAUAAAAUAUACAAAGAAUAGAAAAUGGUUCAAGCUGUAUAGCUCCCUUAGA